AUGUAUUCUCCCGGCAAGACGGAAAUCCAAAAAGGCUCCCCCACGCGCCGCAAAAGCGAAAGGACGGACGGCGCCAGCGUGUAUAUCACGGGCCGUUCGUAUAUUCAGAAAAAUGGUUAUGGCUUUUUGGAAGCAUCAGAUGAAUGUCCUUUCGUGGUCACCCCGGACUGCAUUGUGUUUGACAAGGUCAUUGAAGGAGUCACCUAUACCAAAAAAGUCGUGCUGCGGAAUCGUGAGAAGGUUGGGAGGCGGCUGAGGCUGGAAGUCGACCCCCAAAGUCCUUUUCGCAUUUCCCCUUUAAAGUACCCCGUCGAUGAGGCCAUCGUACAGCCGGCCGCUGCCAGCAGCGGAGAACGCCCGCUUGCCUCCCGCGCCUCAGGCCUCGUAGCUACAGGAAUGCGUGUUCAGGUUUGGGUGUCCUUCACAGCGACGCCGCAGGCGCGUGAGGCCAGGGGCGAUGCCACUAAGGAGAGAGCAGCAGCUGCUGCUGCGUCUCGUUUGUUGGCCUCCGUUGGCCUCUUUCUGCAGGUGGUGGCCCGCAAGGAACGUCCCCUGUUGGAAUUGCUGCCCCGCUGCCUGACCUUCAAAGCAGUACGUCCAGGCGAAGCCGCUGUUUUGGAGCUGUGUUUGAGAAAUGCAGGGGGAGAGGCAGUCCUGAGGCCCGUGGUGGUGCCCGCUGCCACCCCCGCCCCUUCAGCUGUGUCUGGGAGGCCUGCAGCAGCUUCCUUAGCCGGUGCUGACGCUGAUGGUGCUGUUCCUCCUAGUAUUGCUGCUGUUGCUGUCCAGAGGGGGCACUGCAGGGUGGGGAGUAGCGAGGAAGAACCCUUUGAAGUAUCUGAUAGAGAGGUGUUUUUGCCGCGGGGGCCCGACAGUUCUGCUCUACUGCUGCGUUUCGUUCCGCGACGUCCUGGGCAUUUUGCUGCUUCUCUUCUGCUGUUUUCUGCGGGGACUCCACAAGAUAAAGCAUCUUGCCUUGGUUUUGUUGAACUGAGGGGAGUGGCUGAGGCUGCUGCGCUGACUCUUAAAGAUUUCUGCGGAGCCCAGUGGCCUGUAGGCCGCCUCGUGGGGCUGUUCGCCGGGCUAUGUUCUUCGGUUGAGAUCGAUACGCACAAGGUUGCAGGCUCCGGCACUCGGAGGCAGCUGCUCCGGGGGGCAACAGCAACAGCAGCAGCAGCAGCGGCAGAAGCAGCAACAACGGCGGCGAGUGCAGUAGUCGUAACGGCGACAGUCGCAGGCGGACUCAGUGACGGAGAUCUCAAGGCAGGGGCCACGCUCCUUAGUGAGGCUUCUAUCAUCCGAACGAUGGCCAACUGGAUGCCACGGCUGCUAGACUUUGGAUGUUCUCUGAUUCUGGGCGUCUCUCGUGGCGCUCUGCUUCCCCCACGUGUGCUACUGAGGCAUUGCAAGAGCCCCACCUUCAUCUCCUCAGAGGCGCAGCAGCAGCAGCAACCGUUACAGGCGAACAGCGGUGAGCUGCUGCGUUGGCUGCCGCUGUUGCUACCUCCUGAGCCCCCUCCACAGGCUGCUGAGAAUGCUGAGAGAAGCAGAGCGACGGCUAUGGAGGCUGCGCCAGCAGUCGAAGCAGAUGAAGGACUCAGAGACUGGCAGCUGCUGCAGCUGCAGCAGCGCGUCAGCCUAGAGACCCCCAAAGUGCGGGUCUUCCCUCCCCCUCAGCUGCAGGGCCGCCGCGUCGUUUUAAGGCUCAGGCCUGCUGCAGUUCAUGCCAUCCCCUUCAGAGUCUUCGGUCAGGGCCCGCAGCCUUUCGGUUUCUUUUGUCUUUCCUCCGACGGCGGAGGCCUCCUGGCCCCUCUCAGUGAAGAACAGCUGCUGCUGCGGCUGCUGCCGCUUUGCUGCGGCACCAUAUCUAUAGAGCUUCCUCUUUCAGUCUUCCCUCCUUACCUCAUCAGCAACCCCCCUCUGGCGGCUGCUCCUGUGCCGCAAAGAGCAGCGGCAGCAGCAGACCCUGCCGUUGCUGCUGCAGGAGAGCCCAAGCCGACAGCUGCAGCAGCAGCAGAAGCAGCAGCAGACACUGAAGACCUCCUGCAGUUGGCUGUGCCAUUUUGUGUGGAGGUGGCUGUUCCCCUUGUGGCGUCGUCUUGGCCCCCACAACUCCACUUUGGCACUGUGAGGGCGCACACACGCAGCAGUCGGGGCCUUCUCGUCCGCAACAUAUCCCAGUUUCCUGCCGCCGUCCGUCUUCGCCUGCCAACAGCAGCAGAAGAAUUCUCUGCUGCUGCCACUACAGACUCGGCGCUGCUGCAGGCAGCCCAGAUGAGCGCUGCGGGGGCCUUUCCCUGCCAUUUCGCAUCUUCCCUUGAGCGCGCCCCCAUGGAGCUGCCUGUUGCUGCCGCAGCAGCAGCAACAGCGGCAGGUGCAACGCCAACAACAACGACGUCCCCGUCACCACUAGCAUCUACAACAGCACAGGCAGGUGUUCCUUCUGCGAAGGCCGCUGCUGCUGCUAGCAACACUGGGUAUGGCAACCCAGCAACAGCAAGAGCAGUAGCAGCAGCAGCGGCUGCAGACGGAGGUCAAGAUGCCUCUGUGACGGCAGCAGUAGAGCCAGAUGCCCGCGUGCCCUCCUGCGUGAAGUGUCUUUGCGUGGACGAGUCGUUGCGUUAUUCUGAGCCCUUCUUCCGCCACCCGCGAAAGGCAGCUGCCGACGCUGCAGCAGCAGCAGCUGAGGCAGCAGCAGCUGAGGCAGCGGCAGCUGAGGCAGCAGCAGCAACCGCACCUACAGCAGGACACGCUGUAGAUGGCAAUGAGUUCGCUACAUUGCAGGAACAGCACCUGGCCUUGCAGCAACAUUUGGUCGAGUGGCAGCUCCAACUAGUGACCGCGCAGCAGCACCAGCAGCAGCAAGAGCAUCAGCGGCGGCAUCAAGAUUGUCUGGAGCCGCAGGUAGUGGUAGGUUUGUCUGGGCAACUGAUGGUGUAUCCUUCUUACUUGCUGCUGCCCCCCGGGGGUGCCGCCGUAUUCUUGGUGACCUUGAGGGCCUCUCACCCCCAGUCCCUUCGUUCCUUUUUGUUCGUAAGUCUUCCUCGCCGGCUUCCCUCUGUGGUCUAUGUAAACCUCAUAUCUACUCAGUACAGAGUGUGUACACCUGCUAGCCCACUGCAUCUUACUGGCAGAGACUGCCCGCCAGCUAUAAGGACUAAGGGGGCAGCAGCUGCAGCGCUGCGGCGGGUUGUGUGUUGUGCUGUUCAGCUGGAGACUCUUGAGGGCUGUGAACUUCUCCCCAUUGCAGUUGAAGCCCGAGCGGCUCUCCCGCUGCUGCGCCUAAGCACCCACCAUCUGCAGCUGCCGCCGCUCUUCUUGCUGCAGCAGCGGCUGCUGCAGCAAAAGCUGACCCUGUACAACGACGGAGACCUUCCAGUCAGAGUUCGAUGGACAUCGCUUACACCCCUAGGAGAUCAAAGAACUCAAGAGCAGCAGGAACAGCAGCAGCAGCACCAGGGGAAGGAGGGAUUGCAUCAGCAGCAGCUCUUCGGGUCGCUUGCGCCGGUGUCUGUUGGCAGUCGACAAGGCAGUUUGCUGCUCUCCCUGUAUCCUGAUGAUUUCGUUUUAGCACCCCGCAGCAGCAGAGCCGCAGACAUCUCCUGCGUAGCUCUUGCGGUGUCUCCUCAGCUCGAGGCGAGAGCGUUCUGCAGCGGGGAGGGCCUGCUGCUGCCCCUGCAGGUCUCCUUUUCUGCUGCCUCUAGCGGAGCCUCUGUCACGUACGCCCUCUUCUCGCAGCAGCAACUCAAGGCCGCGGCUGCGCUGCUCCAGCAAACAAGGUCGCAGCACCAGAACCAACCGCACAUCCAGCAGCAGAGCCACACCCACAGCCGACAGUCUCAUACACUCCACCCGAUUCAACAGCACCAGGAAUCACAGCACCAGCAACUACACCAGCAGCAACAGCAGCAGCACGAGCAACAGCACGUGCAACUGCAAGAGCACCAGAGCCCCAGAGGUGAGGAUCUCAGCGACAUCUGCACUUUUUCUUUGCGCGUGGGUGACGAUGGCACUCGAGGAGCAUCAGACGGAUCUGCAGCAGUUGCUCUCAAGGCUGCUGGCAUCGGCCGUUGGUUCUUCUUGCAGCAGCAGGAGGGUGAUGUGGGGCAGACAGCAGAGAUAGCUGACGAAGUCAGGACAGAAACAAUCACAGCAGGGGGAGAUAGCGUUUUUCUUUACCUCCUCGCUGUCAACAAUUCACCCAUUCCCGCCUUUCUCCAGCUGCAGGCGCUCGCACACGGACACCUGCAGCAGCAGCAGCAGCAGCACAUGCACCAGCAGCAGCAACUGAAGCAUCCCACACACUGGGACGACGGCAGACCUGCUGGAACCUUCCUCUGCCCUGACUGCAAUAGCAGUAGCACCAGGGACAAUAGAUGUGGCGUAGGCACGGGCUACUGCACCAGAAGUGGACUAAUCACCUCCUGGGGAGUGCUAAUGGAUCCGUGCGCUACCGCGCGGACAGACGGCAGCAACAGAAGCAGCAACGGCAACAAAACAAGCAGCUGCAGUAGCAACGCAAGCAGCAGCAGUAGCAGUAGCAACAGGAACAGCAGCAGAUGCACCAGCAGCGGUAGUAGCAGCAGCAACAACCAUAGGGCAUUAAGUCCCCCCUCUCCGACACCUGAGGCCUUGCUGCUACAAGCGGUUUCUGCUGUUGCUCCCCCUGAGCUGCGGCAGCUUCUGCCUGGUUCGUUUGGUUUGGUAGACCGGCCUUCCUUCAAGACAGCUUCGGGCGUAAGGAAACUUCAGGCAGCAGCAGCACGGCAACGGCGGCAGAAGCUGUACCGCGCAGCCCGAGGAGGCUUGGUGCUCAUUCCCCACCCCGAAAGCCGGCUGUUGCUGCAACAGCAUCACGCCGUGCUUCUCGCGAUUGAGAUGUUCGCUGCCGUCCCUGCAGAGUUUGCCGCUGUCUUGCAACUGUGUCUCGAGCCUUUGCCGCUGCAGCUGCAGCAACAGCAGCUGCAACAACAUCUGCAGCAGCAGCUGCAGCAGCAGCUGCUGCCGCAAGUAGCAAUCAUUCCACUCAAGGUGCCAGCAAGAGGGCAGCUGCUGCUGCUGCCACCCCUUCAGGAGCGCCUCCGCCUCCGCAGUGGCCUGCCGCCGCUGAUAUCCGCCCAAGUGAUGCUGCAGCAGCAGAACUUGGAAGCGAGACAGCAGCAGAAAAAACUGCGACAAAAGCAGCAGCAGCUCACAGGCCUCUUUUCAUAUAGAAGAGGAGACAGACUUCUCCCUCUCAAAAAUGCAUUCUUUAGCGAACGCAUUCCCCUCAAAGCAGUUGCGGCAACAGACGUGCAGGAGCAACAACACCAGCAGGAGCAGCAGCAGCAGCAGCAGCAGCAGCAGCAGCAAGAUGAUGAAGAGCAAUGUGUAAGCUUUAAGGUAGAGAAUAACACCAACCAUUGGCUGCGAGUUCAAUGGCUCUUGUACGAUAUUGGCCUUUGGGAAAUGCAGCAGCAGCUGCAGCAACAGCUGCAGCAGGCAAACACCUUGAAAGCGCUAGCGCUUGAAACGUUGCGCCGACGCGCAGUCGAUAUGGCUCGUGAGGCAGCGGCAGCGGAAGCAGCAGCAGAAGCAGCAGAAGCAGCAGCCGCUGCUGCUGCGGCUGCUGCCCCCGUGGCAUCAGUUGCAGCCACGCGAAAGCCUCAGAGGUCGCAGCAAGCAAAAGCCCCUGACAUGGCGGCUCAGGCAGCAGCAUCAGCAGCUGCUGCUGUUGCUGCUGCAGAGGAGGCGUCGAUGAAAGCUACAGAGGCUGCGGCAGCUGCUGCUGGUGUGGGGAUAGCAGAGGCCAGCAACGGGUGGCAGGCGUUAGCAGUGGCGAGCUUGGCAGAUGCAGAAACAGCAGAAACAGUGGAAGGAGCCGCAGGAACAACCUCAGCCAAUCCGACAGACUGUCCAGCACAACGUGCUCCACAGAUGAAAGUUUUAAUUGGUGCUCAAGGAUACAUGGGUGCAGCACACGUUUUGAACACAGCCACAGGAGAAGCGGCAGUCUCACCGAAAGCCGCAGCCACAGCCGCAGCCGCAGCCACAGCGGCAGCAGGAACAGCAACGACGGCAGCACCAGUAGGACUGCAAGCAGCAGCAGGGGCUGCAGCAGAAGGAUUCGCCGAAGUGGAAGCAUCAGCAAGGCGUACAGCGGGGCAGAUGGGGGAAAAUGAAGCUGCGCUGCUGCCUCCAGAGCAUUGUUUGGUCACUGCAGCAACUCCUCUCUCGCGCGAGACGAGACUUGUUGCUGCUGCCGUUGCUGUCCUCAGCUCCCUGCGAGAUCCUGCUGCACGAAUCAACCAGCCCCUCUUGCAAUCCGCGGCACCAAGAGCAGCAGUUGACCUCACAGCGGAGGUUUGCCCUCCUAGUGCUGCUGUUGCGCAUGCCGCUGCUACUGAUGCUGCUGCUGAUUCUGCUGCUGCUGCCGAGUCGGAAGGAGGGAAGGGUCACGGACCAGGUGCAGGGGGUGCGUGGACAGCAACAGCAGCAGCAAGGCGAUCCUCUAAUUUUCUCUUUCAAGCAAAGGUUCCCCCCGGAGAUGCAGCAUGCUGCAGGAGCAGCUCCAUGAACAGAAACCAUUGUUGCAGCGUACAGCUGCAGUCGGUUCAUGGAGGCGACCUGGUCUUGAGCCCUGCAUCAGGCGGCACAGCUGGCCGUGCACCAGCCUCUGCAGUUGCAGGAGGUCAUGAAGCAGUAAGUGGAGCAGCAGCAGCAUCGGCGGCAACAACUGUGGCGCCUGCACCAACAGCACCAGCAGCAGCAGCAGAUGUUCAGGGCUUCGUCGUUCCACGCCUGGACCCUUCUCCUUGUAUUAUAGCCCCUCACGGCCUCGCGGAAGUCUUUUUGCGUUGUGGGGCCCUCCAGAUGGUCCCUGGAAAAUACAGGCUAAGGGCAAUUGCUCUCGCACAACCCAUUCCUGCCGAUAUCGCGCGGCAGGAAGCAGCAGAAGCAGCAGCAGCACGAGCAGCACCUGCCGUUGCUGCUCCUUCACCCGCGAACAAGAUGACCCAGGAGCGCAACUACUCCUCGCAGUGUUUGCCGCCACUGCAGCCCCCGCAAGCUGCACUUAGAACUCUAGCUAUUCCCGUGGAGAGCUCCGGCGCCCCCAUCAGCACCGGCACACAGCAGCAGAAGCAGCAGCAUCUACAGCAGCAGCAACAGAAGCAGAGGGUGCAGCGGUCCGUGGGGGCGAAUAAGUGCAGCACUGCGAAGGGCCGUUCUCCUUAUUUGCCUUCUCUGCAAGGGAAACAGCAGAAUUCAUUUCUGACGGGUGUUGGCGGGCACGCUGCUGCUGCAGCUGCUGUUGCUGACGCCGCAGCUACUGCUGCACCUGCUUCUGCUGCAGCUGCAGCAUGUGCUGUGCCUGGCCCCAACGCUUCUGUGGCAGCUCCUGCACAAUGUACUGCUGCGCCCUUAAUCAUAGACUUCAGUAUCUGCACGCGCCCUCCCACCUUGUGCGUGGCUUUAGGGGGGGAGCUCUCGACAGCAGCAGCAACGCCCGCUGCAGCUGCAGCUGACUCCGGCGCCGCAUCAGCUGCAGCGUUCGCCGCAGCGGAGGAAGAAACAGCAGAGACGGGUGAUCUGGGCACGCUUUGGUUUGCUGCUGGGGAGUCUGCAGGAGACAACUGCGACAGCAAGCCAACAGCAGAGUCAGCUUCUGCUGCUGCCUUCCCUGUCUGUAAGGAGCUGCUGCUGCAACCCGCCAGGCACUGCGCCUCAGUCCGCUGCGCAGUCUCUGUAACAGGAAAGGCCUUUAAGCUAAUCAAAGCCGAGUUGCUGCAACAACAACAACAGCAGCACCAGCAGAAGCAGCAGCCUCAGCGGCAGCAAUUGGAAUUGCCUAUCACAGAACAGUUGGAACUGACUAUCAAGCGGCGGCAGCAGCUGCGGUUGGUGGUGGAGUUCUCUCCGCCGUUCGAGGACGCGCGGCAACAGGGAGGAGACAGCAGCUGCAGCAGCAACAGCUGCUGCUGUGGUGAGCUGGCCAUUACAUUCCCAGCAACAUCGCCGCCUUGCCGUGGAGACGAAGACGCAAGAUUAGCGCAUCGUCUGAUGUUGCUUGCACGGCAAGCCAAGCAGCAGCAUCAGCAGCGGCAGCAGCUGCAACCGGCAGCACACAACGAGGAGCCCCUCUGUGAGGCUCUUCUCAGUGGCAUACUUCGGCUCUUGAGGCCCCAAGAAGAUCCCAGGGCUUUCUUUUCUUUAGGCCUUGCAACCCUCCGGCAACAACAGCAGCGUGACAAGCAGCAACAACAACAACAACAACAACGCCUGCAGGACCAGGAGGAGCAGGAGCAACCAGAGCAGCAGGAGCAGCAGGAGCAGCAGCACACAGAGCUCUCCCUGCUGCACUGCGAGCAGCUGGUGCAGCUCCUCGAUUCGUUGUGGCCGGUGGCUUCAGAAGCAGCAGCUGCCGGCCUUGCAGCUCGACGAUCCUUCGCCACCUCCUCCGACCUUGAUUACUCCAGCAGGUGCGCAGCAGCAGCAGCUGCUGCGGCUGUAGAAGCCCCUUCUGUUGUUCCCGCUGCAGCGGGGCCGGUGACGACCCAGGUUGUGCCUUUAAAGGGCGUCUGCAGAAAGACGAUGCUGCUGCUUUUGGCUCCGCCGCAGCCGUCCACAGCAGCAUCAGUAACAGCAACAUCAGCAGCAAAGGGGGCUUGGGCUACCUACUGCGACCCCCACUCCCCUCUCCUGAUUGACUUCGGUACAACACACAUCCAGGCCCGCAGGCGGCCUAGCAGAGUGCUGCAGCUGCGCGCCGUCUCCACGGCAGCUGUGAGUUGGCAAUUCGGCUUAUGCAGCACCAGUGGCAUCAGCCGCAGCCGCAGCAAUAGCGGCAGCAUGCGCAAAGUUCCCAAAAUUGAGGAGACUGCCACUAAAGGAAGCACUGACCGCGUCCGUCAAUCAUCCUGCUCCCUCUAG